AUGUCAAAUGCACAGAAUUAUCCACAAGUUCUCGAAUUUUUGAGACAAUGUGAUCUUUUAGAAUAUUACGAUAGACUUAUAUCGGAAGGUUUUGAUCAGAUGCGAUCUUUGUUUGAUAUAACAGAAAUGGAUUUAAUAGCAAUGAAUGUGAAAAGGGGUCAUCGUAGACGUAUACAACGUGAAAUAGCCACAAUGAAAGGAAUACCGACAAGCCAACCAUUACACAUUCAAUCCGAACCAGGAUUAGGACCAAUCGGUGAUUAUUCAUCAUCAACCACUUCAGCGUCGACAAAUCUAUCAACGUCAAUGACAAAUCCUGGUAAAAAUCUAAUUCCUACUAUUGCUGCUGCACCUGGUUCUUCUAUACCAGUAUUAAUUGACGGUUCAAAUGGAGGCAGAAGUCGUGAAUCAUGUGCUCGUCAUCAACCACCAAAUCUUCUUCCUCCACUUAAUCAUAUUCAACAAAGUUUUUACAACAAUAAUAAUGAGUCAUCAUUUCAACGACAAAUCGCCCUAACAUUAUCUAAACCUUCUACAAUGACCAUUAAUCAACCCUCCAGAAACAUUGCUGCUACUGCUGGUGAUACUACUGCUAAAUUUAAUAGUAAUAAUGAUCAAUCUUCUUCUUCAUAUCCAUUACCCAACAAAACCAAUCUUAAUCUCACCCUCAAGAAUCCCAACGAUCCCAAUAAUAACGAAGAUGCAAAUAAUAAUAAUGGUAAAAGAAAAUAUAAACGACAUCCAAAAAGAGACAAGAAUGCUCCGGUAAAACCAUUAUCAGCCUAUGUGAUGUUUUCUCAUAAAGUUCGUGAGGAGUAUCAGGGUAAAAAUAUCUCUUUCCCUGAUAUGGCUAAAAUAGUUGGUGAUCGAUGGAAAUCUAUUCCAGCGGAAGAGAAAGAAAUGAUAGAGAAUGAGGCAGCCAAAGCAAAAGAAGAAUAUUUGGCUGCUAUGACCGUCUAUAAAACAACAGAUAAGUGGAAACAAUAUCAAGAGUACCUUAGAGAUUUUAAAGAAAAACAUGAUCCAAAUUGUAAAUUAUCGUCAGAUCGUGAAUCAAAUAAAGGCAGAAAAAGAUCAAAAUUCAAUGUUAAUUCGCCUGAUUCAGAUCAAACAACUAAUUCAGGUUACUCGAGCACAAGGUCUACUUCUCUUGAAAUAAUAAAACUACUGGAUCUUCAACAACAACUACAUCAACUUUUGCUAAUAUUUCUUCCAAUUCCAAUGCUUCAACUUCCAUUUCUACAAACAAUUCUUCCACCAGCUUAUCACCAAAUAUCAAUAAUACUUCUUUAUCAGAGCGAGAAAAAAGUUUUAGGAACAAACAUGGGGGGUUUUUGA